AUGAGCGGGAUUUGCAGCUGCAGCCGCCAAUCUUCUCCUUUGAAGACAAUCAAGAAGCAUCUUUUGUUCAGGCAUCGGGAGAUGAUGACAGCGAUGAUGACAGUGAUGAUGAUGAAAAACGAAGCGACAAAGAAAAGAGUAAAGGGGAUAAGAAAAAGGGAGAGAAAGGUAGCGGACAUGGAGGCCAUGGAGAGCACGGAGAACACGGCAGCCACGAACAUUCAAGUAAAGGAAAAUCAGAGAAAGAGGAAGAGAAGAAAGCUGAGGAAAGAGAAACACGAGGAAGAAGAGGAAGAAGAGAAGAAAGAAAAGAGAGAGGAACCACACAAACCUGAAAAUCUGCUAACUAGCCCCCAAGAACAAUCGAAAUUUAUAAUGUCGUCAAUGAACAACGCCACACAAGAAAGCUACGGAGCGAUGGAGAAACUGGUGAAGGUGAUGGAUUACCUGCACGGUGUUGUUUCCUUAUUGAAUCAGAUAAUACAACUUGCUCCCCCCAGCCCUACUUUUUCUGAAACAGUUAUUUUAGAGUCUCCAGGCAAAAAGAUAUCACUAAAAGCUCUUCUAGAUGAGGCAGCUAACGUCAGAAGCAGCGUAGAUGCUCUCUUCACCAUGCUCAUGUCAGCUAAGCAUUCUAUCAUUGGCGCCAUCAACAGAGCAAUACCCGCAAGGCCCCCAGCAGCAGCACCAGCAGCAGCAGCAGCAGCAGCAGCAGCGGCAACUACACCACCACCUCCUAAGUAG